AUGGAACAGGGGUUUGAUUGGCUACAGAGUCAGUCAGCCCUUUGCAAAGUAGACCUCUACAGUCCCGACGAGUCUAGAAACCAAGACCGCAAAGUUAUCUGUUUCGUUGAUGUUGGCAACCUCAAAGUAACAGACAAACACAAACACAACAGAGGAUUAUCUGGUGCCGCUGACCCUUGUCUUGACCUUCGUAAUCUUGAAGAAAAGGAAGUAAUCGUAAUAAAGGACAACGAGAACGAACCCCAAUUUAAUACUGAAGGCGCCGUCUGCCUUUUUAAGCAAGGCUCUUCUGAAGAACUCAACGUUGUUAGCUGGCUCAGCAACGACCUUCAGAAAUACGCAGUUGGAUUCCAGCAUGCACUAACCCCCUCAGGCCCUCGUAAAUCUGCUAACAAUUCGCCUGCGUUUGACAAGAUGUCCCAGACCAGUGAUUCUUCCUUCAGGGGCAAUGGUUGCCCGAGAGGAGGAGAUGAUCUUUCCUAUUAUGUUAACAAACUCUGUUCUUUAGUGGUUCAAAUGGCACAGAAGGAAAUGAAGGAUAAAUUUGACAGUGGUAAAUGCAUUCGGCAAUCAAUCAAUCCCCGCGGAUCAAACAGCAGCGCCGACUAUGGCAAGCUAUCACCCAAAUCAUCUCACGAUGACCCCAGAAAAGCUUCCGUCUUUUAUGGAGAGAUGUGUAAUCAGCAGAACGGCUUCAGGAAUGGUCAGGGAGCAGACAGACAGUUGGAAAGGAAACAGUCAUGUCCUGGACAGGAUGAUGGCUCUGUAAGCAAAGGGUUGAUGGUUUAUGCAAACCAGGUUGCUUCAGAUAUGAUGUUCUCAUUCAUGAAGACAAUGAAAGUCCAAAAAGGCAAGCAUCCUCCACCAGCCUGCGUGGUGUUAAAGAAGGUGCUUUUGAAACACACCAGGGACGUCAUAUCUGACUUAAUCGACUCCACCAUGAAAAAUCUACACAACGUCACAGGGGUGCUCAUGACAGACUCUGACUUUGUCAAUACAGUCAAGAAGAACCUUUUCAAUGCAGGAACCCAGAAGUCAACUGAGAUUCUGGAAGCAAUGGUGAAACGUUUAUUCAAAGCAUUGUCAGGAGACGAUAAAAAGCAAUGCCUAGCUUUCACAGCACUAAAAGGGUGUACACAAACUGACUCCAGAACUCAGGGAAUGCAGUUUACAUCACUUAAAAGUGAAAUGACGGGCAAAGGAGGAAAUGGACAAAUGAGGCCCCACCCCGGUGGAAGCAAAGGUGCAGACAAGCACUGUUCAAUGGAUGUGUAUGCUAAAGACCUUAUUGUAACAGCGUUAAUGUUAAUACAGCAACACCUCUUAGAAAAAAACAAAGAACCCACCUGUGAGAAAAAUACCACAUCGUUUUGCUGUGCCCAUGAGAGAAGCGGUGGGUCCAAAUAUGGUUCAAGGCCAGGCGGGGGCAGGCAGGAAAGCCUGGAAUCCCAAAAAUGCGAUAUCUCAAGUAUUCUCUUGUCCAUCAUCCAGAAAGUACUAAGAGAAGCUGGUGUUGCAGACGAGUGUCCCCCUGACAGAGGCUAUAAGCAGCCUUCCUUUGACUGCAGACCACAGAGGGCCUUAUCAAAAUCAAAUGGGGGGCCUGAUAUGAAUGACAACAUGGAACAGAUAAACAAGCAGUUUAUUGACCAACUGGUGGAAUCGGUGAUGAAGCUGUGCAUGCUGAUGGCUAAAGGCGGCGAUGACGGAAGAUCUAACGGGAUGCCGUUGUGUUGUGGGGGCUCUGAGGUGAUUGUGAAUAACCAGAACUGCAACAACAGUACACAGAACAAAGAACUGCAAGCUGUGCUCCAGUGGUUAGUUGCUUCGCAAUUCAAUGUGCCAAACCUGACAUUCAUGAACGAUCAAGAUGGAGAAUUGGCAAGGCUUCCUCAGCUGGCUGACAAAGCAGCCAAGAAGGGAUACAGCGUAGGCGACAUUGUUCAGGAGGUAAUGAGGUAUUAUGAAAAACAACAGGUGGAUGCCAUGUCGGGACAAAUGCCUCGGUGUGGACUAGUCGACUGGCUGCUUGCUAACCUGUAA